GGAGAUCUUCCCUCUGAGGUCUUCGAGGUACCUGGGGUUUCUGUUCUAAAACUGGCUCUCACGUUAUUUUUUACCUCAUUGAAAACGUUUCCUUUAGAAACCCAGCAAAACCCUAAACAGAAUCCAAAUAUAAAUCAAUGCAAAUGCAAUUACUGUAACCGGCCCUCCUCUGUGCCUGGGGGUCUGAAUAAAUCCAUUGAUUCUCUGCCUUAAUUUGUCUGGGAAGCAGGAACACCCAGUUUCAUACUGAAUCAAAAUGCUCCCCAGAGGAAGUGGUGUUGCCGGUGCAGCUACAGUGAUUGUGAGCUCGGUGGGGUGGUACCUCUAGGCUGGGGGAUCUAGAAUGUUCUCUGCCAGUAGCCACUGGCCAGGACAGCACCUGUCCUGCACAGGACACCUGACUCUGUGAUGGCAGGGAGCCGUGCGGUGAUUUUUGACAUAGGGUCUGGGCAGUGUAAGGCUGGUCUGUCGUGGGAACAGGUUCCCCGCUCGGUUAUUUUCACUGUUGUGGGGUACCCCAAAUUCAAACCUGUCAUGUUUGGGGCAAGUCGUAAGGACCGGUAUAUUGGGGAGGAAGCCCAGUUCAAAAGGGGCGUUUUGUCUUUUACUUACCCAAUGGAAAAUGGGUUGGUUACAUCCUGGGAUGACAUGGAGAAGAUUUGGAGGUACCUGUACGAACAGGAGCUCAAACUGAAACCGAGCGAGAUGCCGGUGCUGCUGACCGAGGCCCCUCUCAACCCUUUGUCCCAUCGAGAGAAAAUGGCUGAGAUGAUGUUCGAGAGCCUCCAGGUGCCUGCCUUGUUUGUGACCCUGGCGGCACUGAUGGCCCUGUACGCCUCUGCCCGCACCACGGGACUGGUGCUGGACAGUGGCGAUGGUGUCACCGUCACCGUCCCUGUCUACGAAGGCCAUUACCUGCUCCAUAGCACCACCAGGCUGGAUUUUGCAGGCAGAGGUGUAACCAAAUACCUCACAAGGCUCCUCUUGGAGACUGGGAACUCCUUCGUAAGCACAGCAGAGAGAGAGAUUGUCAGGGAUAUUAAGGAGAAGCUGUGUUAUGUUGUGUUAGAUCCCAGCCAGAAGAUGCAUGCGGAGCCUGCAAAACUCCUGCGCAGGUACGUUCUCCCUGACGGGAGGGCUGUUGAGGCAGGAGACCAGCUAUUCCGAGCUCCCGAAGCGCUCUUUGUGCCUGCGGAGGCAGAAAUCACAGGGCCAGGGGUUGGGGUGAUGGUCCUCCAGAGCUGCUCCAAGUGCCACAGCGACAUCCAGCCCAGCAUCCAGAGGAACGUGCUGCUGUCGGGUGGAUCGACUCUGUUCCAAGGCUUCAAGGAGAGGCUCUGGAAGGAGCUCCAGGCAGGAGUUCCCAGCCCAGCUCGUGUCAAGAUCAUUUCACCACAAGAUCGGGUGUAUUCCGUGUGGGUUGGUGCUUCCAUCCUGGCCAGCUUAAGAGCAUUUAGGAACAUGUGGGUUACCAAGGAAGACUAUUACGAGGUUGGAGCCACAGUACUCCAGAGAAAAUGCUUCUGAACAUUCAAGGAGCAACCAUCCAGGGUUUGUUUUUGAGUGCCAAUCUGAACUGCUGCAGAGCAGGUAAUAAAUCAGUACAAAAAU